GUAAAACCUCUUGUCGCCGGUUUCAUUCAUGUAAAACCUCUCUAAAACCCUAGACAUCCAUCGACGGCGACUCGGCUACUCCCAACUCCGACCCUCCACAGUGCUUACUCACUGUUGCCAUUCGUAGGAUCUCUCCGUCCCUCCACCCGUUGCCACUGAGAACAAAAAUAAGGCGAAGUGGGAAAGGAAAGGCCCUGAGAUUUAUAACCCGGUAAUCGCGCAUCCUGGUCCAGCUGGUUGACGGGUAUUGACCGCCCGUCCAUCCAUCACCCUGCAUUCUAUUCGGUUUCUCACGGAAGUCAAUUGCAUUCCGAGAUCGUUGUCUGGUAUCUGAAGCUUCGCGCGCAUGCUUAUUGCUUAGUUCCCUGUUCUUGAAUUUCGAAGAAGAAGAACUAUGGCGCGGGGUUGUGUUUCAUCCCUUUUCCGGCUCUGUAAGUCGAAAACCGCCGGUUCCAGGACCAGGGGUUACCUCGCUGUUUCGAAUUUGCAUUCUUUGAGGCAAUUCGACAACAGGGCAUCAUCCACAGGUCGCUACAUUUACCACUCUUUUGGCUUUCCUUCUCGUCAAAUCUUUACUAGCUUGAUCGAGCUGCAGCUAAUUAUUUCGGGAGCUCCAUCGAAGUGCUCCAAAGUUGGCACCUUUGAUUCAAUUGGUGUGAGAUUAUUUUCAACCUCUGGCCAGGAUGGGGAUGGUGGGAACAGCGAUGCGAGCGCCAGUGCAGACGUUGAUGUGAAUGCUGGUUUUGGGGCAGGAAAUGUGACGAGCCAGGGGUUUGAUGAUGUUGAUGAUAGUGAUGUGCGCCCGGAUGGCAUUGAUGAUGCUCAUGCCAGCGAAAAAACUGUUGUCAAGAGGAAUAUGGCGUUAUGUGAUCCGAUAGAAUUGUACAGGGAGCUUAAGAUGGCCGAGAAGAAUGAUAAGAUGAGACGGUCUGACUGGCAAGCAAUCCAGGAUGUGUUCUCUUACUUUGCAAAUUCAGGUUGGGCAGCUAACCAGGCCCUUGCAUUUUAUAUUGGCAUGUCGUUUUUUCCUACAGCUGUUCAGAAGUUUAGGAAGUUUGUCUUGGAUAAGUGUUCUGCUGAGCUUGGGCUUUAUCUGGUGUCGCUUGGUCCCUGUGAUGAUGCUGUUAGGUUCCUUUUCCCCAUAUUUGCUGAAUACUGUCUAGAAGAGUUCGCUGAUGAGAUGAAGAGCUUCAGGGCUAUGAUUUCGAAAGCAGAUCUUACAAAGCCGGACACUUGGUUUCCUUUUGCUAGGGCAAUGAAACGUAAGGUCGUAUACCAUUGUGGGCCGACUAACAGUGGCAAGACUUACGAGGCGUUGCAGCGAUUUAAGGAAGCAAAGAAGGGUAUUUAUUGCGGUCCAUUAAGGCUUUUGGCUAUGGAGGUGUUUGAUAAGAUGAAUUCCCUUGGGGUUUAUUGUAGUCUUCUCACUGGGCAAGAGAAGAAAAAGGUUCCUUUUGCGAACCAUGUUUCUUGUACUAUAGAAAUGGUGUCUAUUGAUGAGAUGUAUGAUGUAGCGGUUAUUGAUGAGAUCCAGAUGAUGGCAGACGCAACCAGAGGCUUUGCCUGGACAAGAGCUUUGCUGGGGGUGAAGGCUGAUGAAAUUCAUCUAUGUGGCGAUCCAAGUGUGCUUGACAUUGUGAGAAAGAUUUGUGCAGAAACUGGAGAUGAAUUGGAAGUACACCAUUGCGAGCGGUUCAAGAAGUUGGAGGUUGAAGCCAAAACUUUGUUGGGAGAUCUGAAAAAUGUCAAGUCUGGGGACUGUGUUGUUGCAUUUUCAAGGAGAGAAAUAUUUGAGGUGAAGUUAGCAAUUGAGAAAAACACUAAGCAUCGAUGUUGUGUUAUUUAUGGUGCAUUGCCUCCCGAGACUCGCAGACAGCAAGCUAAUUUAUUCAAUGAUCAGGACAAUGAGUUUGAUGUAUUGGUUGCAAGUGAUGCAGUAGGAAUGGGUUUGAAUCUAAAUAUCAGAAGAGUUGUCUUUUACAAUCUCUCCAAAUACAAUGGCGACAAGGUUGUACCUGUUCCAGCAACCCAGGUCAAGCAGAUUGCAGGGAGAGCUGGUAGAAGAGGAAGUCGCUUCCCAGUUGGACUCACCACAACCUUGCAUCUAGAUGAUCUUGCGUACCUUAUUGAGUGCUUAAAGCAACCUUUUGACGAAAUUAAGAAAGUGGGACUAUUUCCUUUCUUUGAGCAGGUCGAAUCAUUCGCAGCGCAACUUCCUGAUCUGAAUUUCCCCAAGAUUCUGGCAAAGUUUGCUGAAAGUUGCCGUCUUGAUGGAAUGUACUUCUUGUGUAAGCAUGAUCACAUAAAGAAGGUAGCAAAUAUGUUGGAGAAAGUUAAGGGUUUAUCUCUGCAAGAUCGUUUCAACUUUUGUUUUGCUCCUGCUAAUAUUAGGGACCCAAAAUCAAUGUACCAUCUUCUAAGGUUUGCUUCUGACUACGGUCAGAAAGUACCUGCUAGUAUAGCAAUGGGGAUGCCAAAAGGUUCUGCUAGGAAUGACUCUGAGCUCCUGGACCUGGAGACCAAACAUCAAGUUCUGUCGAUGUACCUAUGGUUGUCUCAUCAAUUUGACUACGAACGUUUCCCACAUGGGAAGAAGGCUGAAGCUAUGGCAACAGACAUUGCUGAUUUGUUGGGUCAAUCUCUUAUCAAGGCAAACUGGAAACCAGAAACUAGGCAGACUGCUAGCAGACCAAAACCUCGGAAAAAUGAAGAUGGUUAUGAAAGGCCCAAAUCACUAAUCACAUCAUACGAGGAGGAAAAGGCAGGGGAAAAACAGGAAGCAGGAAAGCGAGGAAAAUUUAACAGCAUAAAGAAUCUUGCAGAUGUGGCGUGUUGUCAACUGACAACACUGGUCAUCCGGGAUUGGAAUGGGACUUGUACGUGAAAAUCUAAGAGUUUUCCCAUGGCAUUCGAACCAAAGCCUCUUCCUCAAUGCUGGAGCCACCAGUGGUUAACCACCGUUACAUAGAUUUGCAGCUUUGUCAUUCAGUCCAUGCAUCAGGAGACACUUCCACAUUGCAGCAGAUAUUCUAGCAUUUUUGUAGAAAUGGAAGUCCAUAACUGAAGAGGUAGUGAGUUUGUGUUCUGCCUAGUUGUAAUUAUUGUAACCAUCUGAAUUAUCGGGAUAUGGUAGCCAUCUCCAGAAUGCUAUGCCAGAUCAGUGACCUGAAUAUCAUAUGAGAAACUUAUGUGCACGUAACCCAAUGUCUGCUCCCCAUUAACAAGGAAACAGAAACACUUCCACUCUUCAAAGCUCAGACUCAGAGCAACCUUUUACCAUGCACAAUGUUAGCAUUUGACGCCCAAUGAAUUUUUCGAAGAUAUUCAAAUGUGUUAUUCUGUAAGCUGAAUAGAAUGAAAUGAUCUGUAUACAUAGCACUGAGA